GUUUUCCUUAAGCCACGCAGUCAGUCGUGUCAAUUCAUUUUUAUAUUUACUGUUGGAUGUUAUCGGCGUCUGCACAGUUCUACAUAAAACGAUGAGCACUGAGAACAAUGUUGAGAUAAUGAACACCAAUGCCCCGAAAACGUCAAUGUUAUGGCGCAGAAAAAUGAAGACAUACUUUGAUUCAUUGGAUAAAAGAGGCAGUGGCUAUAUCCAGAAGUCAGAUUUUGUUCGACGUUUUGAACACAUCAAACGAGUCUAUAGAUUGUCUCCAACGGUGCAAGAAGCAUUCAAUCACAUCCUUCUGACUAUAUUCUGGGGGGAGAUGGCAACAUGUGGAGUCGACACUGGAGAUUCGAGAAAAGUUUAUUUUCACGAAUUUGUCACAAAUACAUCAAUGAAUCUGAUACCAGAAAAUGUGCAGGUUUUUAAAAAGGUUCUUGAAUAUUUGGUCGAAGUCUUCUUCAAGCUUAUUAACAUGAACGAAGACGCAGGAUUAUCCGAGCUCGAAUACAAGGAAUUCCUUGGGAUCUUUGGUCUAGACAAACACGUAAAGAACGCGUUCGAAUCAAUUGAUUCAAAUCAUGAUGGCUCGAUAAGUCGUGAUGAAUUCAGGAAAGCCUUUUUUGACUUUUGGCUUGGACAAAAUUUAGGCGUUGGAGUCUACUUACUAGGGCGACUGGUCUAAGAUAUAACACGCAGAAUAUCCAAGUCGGACAGAAUUACCGGUAUUAGACCUACUCUUUAACAUUUAAGAUCAAUAUGAAGAGGGUUAGAGGCCUCAGUAGGACUAAAACGGGCAAACCAAAACUAAGUCUAAUGAAUUAUUCUGGAAAACAAUUCUCACACUUUUAGUAGGAAAACUUUUGUACAUGAGAUAUUUUACCUGAGUCAGCUUCGCCCAUGUAUUUCACGAGGGGAAGUCUACCCGCGUAUAUACCUACCGCCGAGCAAAGACCCGA